AAAGAACAACGAAUGUGAUGCCAUGUCAAAGCCACACAGUUGACCCGUUGGCACACGAUAAAUACGAUACACUCUCACACACUUCAAAAUGGCAUCAUCCAUAGUGGCUUCUUCCACCCCAUUCUCUUCCACUCUCACCACUUCAUUUCUCACUUCUUCCUCUUCCUUUUCCUCUUCUAUCUUUCUCAAAACACACACUCUAAGACGCUCAGCCGUUUACCCUCUCUCUUUAGCGUCAGAACCACUGCGCAGGCUCAUGGCUCGCGCCAGUCUUGGCCUCACUCACCCUGCCAAUACCGAAGCGCCCAAGGUUUCUUUUGCGGCGAAGGAGGUUGACGUGGCGGAAUGGAAAGGGGACUUGUUGGCUGUUGGAGUAACGGAGAAGGACGUGGCCAGAAACGCCGAGUCGAGAUUCCAGAACGCGAUUCUGAAUGCGUUGGAUUCCAAGUUGGGCGGGUUAUUGGGCCAGGCCUCUUCCGAAGAGGACUUCGCCGGAAAACUGGGCCAGUCUACGGUUCUCAGAAUCGCCUCCGGACUCGGAUCCAAGCGAGUCGCCUUGCUCGGCCUUGGCGCGUCGGCGUCCACCACCACAGCUUUUAAGUCCCUCGGCGAGGCUGUCGCCGCCGCCGCCAAGUCCGCUCAGGCUGCCGACGUCGCUGUCGUCCUCGCCUCUUCCGAUGGACUCUCCGCCGAAUCGAAGCUCACCACCGCGUCCGCAAUCGCGUCUGGGACUGUGCUGGGAACGUUUGAGGAUAAUAGGUACAAGUCAGAGUCGAAGAAAUCGGCGCUUAGAUCGGUUGAUAUUAUUGGGCUUGGAACUGGGCCUGAAUUGGAGAAGAAGCUAAAGUAUGCUGGAGAUGUUUCUUCUGGAAUCGUUUUCGGAAGGGAGCUUGUAAAUUCUCCGGCUAAUGUGCUCACGCCAGGGGUAUUGGCAGAAGAAGCAUCAAAGAUUGCUUCAACAUAUAGUGAUGUUUUUACUACCAAAAUAUUGGAUGCUGAGCAGUGUAAGGAAUUGAAAAUGGGGUCCUAUCUUGGUGUUGCUGCAGCCUCGGCAAAUCCUCCUCAUUUUAUUCAUCUGUGUUAUAAACCACCAAGUGGACCUGUCAAUGUCAAGUUGGCAUUAGUUGGAAAAGGUUUGACUUUUGAUAGUGGUGGCUACAACAUCAAGACAGGACCUGGCUGUUUGAUUGAACUCAUGAAAUUUGAUAUGGGUGGUUCUGCUGCAGUUUUUGGAGCAGCAAAAGCUCUUGGUCAAAUCAAACCUCUUGGAGUGGAGGUUCAUUUUAUAGUUGCAGCUUGUGAGAAUAUGAUAAGUGGAACAGGUAUGAGGCCUGGAGACAUUGUCACAGCUUCAAAUGGAAAGACUAUAGAGGUUAAUAACACAGAUGCUGAGGGUAGGCUUACCCUGGCAGAUGCUCUGGUGUAUGCUUGUAACCAAGGGGCUGAAAAGAUAGUUGACCUGGCAACUUUAACUGGGGCUUGUAUAAUUGCUCUUGGACCCUCAAUUGCAGGUGUGUUUACACCCAGUGAUGACCUGGCAAAAGAAAUUUUUGAUGCUUCUGAAGCGAGUGGGGAGAAAUUAUGGAGGAUGCCAUUAGAAGAAAGUUACUGGGAGUCAAUGAAAUCAGGAGUGGCUGAUAUGGUGAACACUGGUGGUAGACAAGGUGGUGCCAUUACUGCUGCUCUUUUCUUAAAGCAGUUUGUUGAUGAGAAUGUUCAAUGGAUGCAUAUUGAUAUGGCUGGUCCAGUGUGGAAUGAUAAGCAGCGGUGUGCAACAGGAUUUGGUGUUGCUACUUUAGUGGAAUGGGUUUUGAGGAACGCAUCUUAAUUGCAAACUGAAAUCUUGGACGUCUGUUCCAUCGUGGCGUUUUUUAUGUUGUCAUAUGAAGAAGGGUUGUAAAAGGUAGUAGUGUCCCGAGACAGCUUUCAGGCAUAUUCCAGUAUAUUAAAACUUAUGAUUCUCAUGGUUAAAUUAGCAUCUGUCUAAUUAUUAUUAUUUAUUAGCUUCGAUGAUUAUAAUUCUAGUGGAAGGGUAAACUUGUGUCCGGGUGUAUUUUUUUUUUCUUUUUUUUCAAAUAUUAAUAGAUUUGUUAAGCUUAAC